UUUCAUUUACAAAAAAUACACAUAUAUAAAAGCUAGACUACCGGUAAAAAUUUAAUCUUUUAAGUUCUAACCAGAAUUCCUUAAAGAUUUUAAUAUUUGGCAAUGAAGGAAAAGUUGGGAGUAAUGUUGGAUAAACUAAAAUCAGAUCUUAACUUGAAUGGGUCGAUUAAUAAGCCACUUCCCGAUAAAGUUGAAUCAAGAUGCCCUUUUAUUCAAAGUGAAUCGGAGGUUAAAUUGACCAAUUUUGUAACUGGUAAAAAAAUUUCUGAUUCCCUUCAUACUCGCUCGAAGCCAAUUACGUGCUCUUCAUCAUCAUGCAAAGGAGCUUUGAUGAGUGGGCAGUCUUCCGUAACAGUAUGCGAUUCCAAGAAAGACAUCUUAAAAGAAGCUCUGCAGUUCCAAGAAGAAUACUUCGCGUCUUUGAAAAACACUUCCCCUGAAGACUUCCGGUUACGUGUGAAAGAGAUAGAAGAAGAAAUAUAUGAAAAAGGAACUUACACAUUGACAUCCGAUGAACUAUCGUUUGGUGCCAAAUUAGCAUGGAGGAAUGCAUCCAGAUGUAUUGGAAGAAUUCAAUGGAGCAAAUUGGAACUUUUUGACAGGAGAGAUGUGACGUCAACCAGAGAAAUGUACUCUGCAUUGUGUACUCAUCUUGAAUAUGCAACAAAUGGCGGAAACAUAAGGUCAGCGAUCACACUCUUUCCACCGAGAGUAGAAGGAAGAGAAGACUUUCGAGUGUGGAAUCCCCAACUCAUCAACUACGCUGGAUAUCUCCAACCCGAUGGGAGUGUCAUAGGAGAUCCUGGAAGAGUUCAGCUAACAAGGAUUUGCCAAAGAUUAGGAUGGAGAGGUAAAGGAGGAAGAUUCGAUAUCUUGCCGUGGGUUGUGUCAGCACCAAAUGAAGGUGUAAAGUAUUAUGAAGUACCAGAGGAAUUGAUUUUAAUGGUGAAACUGGAGCAUCCUAAAUAUAAGUGGUUUGAAGAACUUGACAUAAAAUGGUACGCUGUUCCAGCAGUGGCAGAUAUGAUGCUGGACAUUGGAGGUAUACAGUUUACGGCAGCUCCUUUUAAUGGCUGGUACAUGGCAACAGAAAUUGGAGCCAGAAACUUGUGUGAUCCGUACAGAUUUAACAUGAUGGAGGAAGUGGCAGAGAAAUUAGGUUUGGACACAAGAACACCGACAACUCUGUGGAAAGAUAUGGCUUUGCUUGAAACGACGCUGGCAGUAUUAUAUUCUUUUCAAAAAAAUAAAGUAACUAUUGUUGAUCACCAUACUGCUGCAGAAACAUUUAUGAAACAUAUGGAAACGGAACAAAAACUUCGAGGAGGCUGUCCAGCAGAUUGGGUGUGGAUAGUACCACCAAUUAGUGGUUCGGCAACUCCUGUAUUCCAUCAAGAAAUGAUCACCUACAAUUUGAAGCCGAGCUAUGAGUACCAAGAGAAGGCCUGGGUCACUUACAAAUGGCCUGUGAAUGAUAAAGUCAAAUUAAAAUUUAGGUUCCGAAGUGUGGCCAAAGCCGUACAGAUUUGCAUAAGAAUGAUCAACAAAGUGAAAUCGAGUCGGACACAGGCAACAAUUCUAUACGCUACCGAAACUGGCAAAUCGGAGACGUUCGCAAAGAAACUCGGACAAAUGUUGCAGGCCUCUUUUAACACUCAAGUUAUAUGCAUGGAAGAUUACGAUUUCGAAAAAAUCUCAUCUGAACAAUUCGUUGCAUUUGUGUCAAGUACAUUCGGAAGUGGUGAACCUCCAGACAAUGGAAAGACCUUUUGGAAAGCUUUAUAUGGUUUGAAAGCAAAAGGCCACAAGCUACAAAAUUUAAGGUAUGCAGUAUUUGCUUUGGGAUCGAGUCAAUAUCCACAUUUUUGCCAAUUUGGUAAAGAUUUGGACAAAUGCCUAUCGGAAAUUGGAGCUAAAAGAUUGAUGCCUGUAGAGAUGGGAGAUGAGUUAGGAGGACAAGAACAUGUCUUCAAGGAAUGGUUGCCAAAAGCUUACAAAGCAUCAUGUGAAGAUUUUGGCAUACCAAUUGAUGAAGAAAUGAUGCUUGAAAGCAUUAAUAGUUCCACCUGGAAACCAGGACAGUUUAGAAUGAUACCUAUUAAAAAUAAAGUGAAUGUUUUGUCAGGACUUUCACAAAUUCACACCAAGCAAGUUUUUACUGCAAAAAUGUUAACAAAGAUGAACUUACAAUCUGAAUCUUCCGACCGUAAAACGCUACUCAUAAAGCUUGAUGUUCAAAAUAACUCGAUUCUAGCAUAUGAACCUGGUGAUCACAUUGCAAUAUUCCCUACUAAUCCAGCAUCUGUAGUGGAUCCAAUACUAGAACAGCUAGAUUGUGACGUAGACAGCAUUUUCAAAACUGAGCAUUUGAAAGGUGGAGAAUGGAAAAGGUUUACUCGCCUCCCGGCAGCUAGCUUAAAAAUUCUUCUUAGGCACUAUUUGGAUGUGACAACGCCACCCACCUGCAGCUUUUUGCGACUUCUGUCUGAACUGGCCAGCAACAAAUGGGAUAAAUUUAGGCUUAAAAGAUUAUCUGAGGUUCAUGAUGAUUAUGAAGCAUGGAAAUCUCAUCGUCAUCCCAAUCUUGCCGAAGUUCUGGAGGAAUUCCCCUCCAUCAAGCUGGAUCCAACAAUCUUAGUAUCUGAAUUGCCACUCUUACAACCACGAUAUUACAGCAUCAGUUCGUCCAGGCUAGCCACACCUCAUGAAGUACACGUCACGUGCGCACUCGUCAGCUUCAGAACUCAAGAUGAUAAAGGACCUCUUAAACAUGGAGUGUGCACAUCAUUUUUGGAUAAAGCUCAUGACGUUGAGAUUCCUUUCUAUAUAAGACAUGCUCCAAGAUUCCGAUUGCCAGACAUUCCUAGUGAACCAUUUAUCAUGGUUGGAGCUGGAAGUGGAAUUGCACCUUUCCGAAGUUUCUGGUUAGAAAGGGAUGCCAUGAAGCACAAAUCAAUGGACAAUCAUUCAAAUACAACUUUUGGCAAAAUGUACUUGUUCUUCGGGUGCCGACAAUCUACAGUGGACAAUUUGUGCUCAGAAGAAAUCGCUACCCUUGUUGAAAAGGGAGUCAUUACGAAAGUUUUUUACGCUUUCUCAAGAGAACCAGGACAAGAUAAAGAGUAUGUGCAGCACAAACUGGAAGCUGAACCCCAGAUAGUGCUGGAUGUCUUAGAGAAUGAUGGUCACAUCUAUGUUUGCGGAGAUGCAGUGAUGGCUGCCGAUGUGAGAGCCACUAUUAAUAAGAUACUUGAACACAGUGAUAAAAUACACAGUCUUGAUGAUCUUUUGGAAACUGGAAAAUAUCACGAAGAUGUAUUUGGAGUUUUGAAAAAGAAGCCCAGCAUUGCCUGAAGAAAAAAAAGGCAAAAUAAUGAAGUCAAUUUUGAUUGAAUAUGAUUCAACAACCAUUCAUAUUCAAACAUGAAGCUUAAAAAGACUGUAUCAAAAACGUGUGUUGUAUAAAAUAAUUAUAUAUAUUUUACUCUGUGAUAUAAGUUUCCACAUAAAUAAAUGUACGUAUGUAGAUAGCCUGUUAUAUACUCCAAUGUAAAAUAAAAUAAAAAUAUUUAAAUGAG